AGGGCGGUGGCCUGCCCGGCUCCGGCGACGGCCCCCCGGGCUCGGACUCUGGCGGGCCGCCGGUGGUGACGGCGCUGGCGCCGCUCAUGGUGCCCGAGCACGUCCCGCACGUGCCCCUCAUCGCCGUGGCCAGGAACCCCGUCUUCCCCCGCUUCAUCAAGAUCAUCGAGGUGAAAAACAAGAAACUCGUUGACCUGCUCAGGAGGAAAGUCAGCCUGGCUCAGCCGUAUGCGGGAGUGUUUCUCAAGAAGGACGACAACAAUGAAUCGGAUGUGGUGGAGAACCUGAAUGAAAUCUACCAGACGGGGACUUUCGUCCAGAUCCAUGAGAUGCAAGACCUGGGAGACAGGCUACGCAUGAUUGUCAUGGGGCAUCGGAGGAUCCGUAUCAACAAGCGGCUGGAGGUUGAGGCCGAGGAGCCGGACGCCAAGCAGGCCAAGGCCCGCCGGAAGCCGAAGCGCUCCAAGCGGGAGGAGGAGGCGGAGGUGCCCUCGCUGGAGGCCGAGGAGAUGCCGGCCGCGGUGCUGCUGGAACCGCUGGAGGCCUCCCAGGCCGAGGUGCUCAUGGUGGAGGUGGACAACGUGGCCCACGAGGAGUUCCAGGUCACCGAAGAGGUCAAAGCUCUGACGGCGGAAAUUGUCAAGACGAUCCGGGACAUCAUUGCCUUGAAUCCUCUUUACAGGGAAUCUGUGCUCCAGAUGAUGCAGGCCGGGCAGCGGGUGGUGGACAACCCCAUCUACCUGAGCGACAUGGGGGCCGCCUUGACGGGGGCCGAGUCGCACGAGCUGCAGGACAUCCUGGAAGAAACGAACAUCCCGAAACGUCUCUACAAAGCGCUCUCGCUGCUCAAGAAAGAAUUUGAGCUGAGCAAGCUGCAGCAGCGUCUCGGGCGAGAGGUGGAGGAGAAGAUCAAGCAGACGCACCGCAAGUACCUCCUGCAAGAACAGCUCAAGAUCAUCAAGAAGGAGCUGGGCUUGGAGAAGGAGGACAAAGACGCCAUUGAGGAAAAGUUCCGGGAGCGCCUGAAGGAGCUCGUGGUGCCUAAGCACGUCAUGGAGGUGAUCGACGAGGAGUUGAACAAGCUGGGCCUGCUGGAUAAUCACUCCUCGGAGUUCAACGUCACGCGGAACUACUUGGACUGGCUGACCUCCAUCCCGUGGGGCAAGUGCAGCGAGGAGAACCUGGACCUGUCCAGAGCCCAGGCGGUGUUGGAGGAGGACCAUUACGGCAUGGACGACGUCAAAAAGAGAGUGCUGGAGUUCAUCGCCGUCAGCCAGCUGCGGGGCUCCACCCAGGGCAAGAUCCUCUGCUUCUACGGCCCCCCCGGGGUCGGCAAGACCAGCAUCGCCCGCUCCAUCGCCCGCGCCUUGAACCGGGAGUACUUCCGCUUCAGCGUCGGCGGCAUGACAGACGUGGCAGAAAUCAAAGGGCACAGGCGGACGUACGUGGGAGCGAUGCCGGGGAAGAUCAUUCAGUGCCUCAAGAAGACCAAAACGGAGAACCCCCUGAUCCUCAUCGACGAGGUAGACAAAAUCGGGCGCGGCUACCAAGGGGACCCCUCCUCGGCUCUGCUGGAACUCCUCGACCCUGAGCAGAACUCCAACUUCCUGGAUCACUACCUCGACGUCCCCGUGGAUCUCUCCAAGGUUCUCUUCAUUUGUACGGCCAACGUGACGGAAACGAUCCCAGAGCCCCUGCGGGACAGGAUGGAGAUGAUCAACAUUUCGGGAUACGUCGCCCAAGAGAAGUUGGCGAUAGCCGAGCGGUAUUUGGUCCCUCAAGCCCGGGUCCUGUGCGGGCUGGAUGAGGCCACGGCCAGCAUCACCCCGGACGUGCUGACAGUCCUCAUUAAGCAGUACUGCCGGGAGAGCGGCGUGAGGAACCUCCAGAAGCAAGUGGAGAAGGUGCUCCGGAAAUCCGCGUAUAAGAUUGUUAGCGGGGAAGCCGAGAAGGUCGAGGUGACGCCGGAGAACCUCCAGGACUUUGUGGGGAAGCCCAUCUUCACGGUGGACCGGAUGUACGACGUGACUCCGCCCGGCGUGGUGAUGGGGCUCGCCUGGACCGCCAUGGGUGGCUCCACCUUGUUCAUUGAGACGUCCCCCCGGCGCCCAAAGGACAAGGAGAACCAGGACGGCUCCCUGGAAGUCACGGGCCAGCUGGGCGACGUCAUGAAGGAGAGCGCCAAGAUCGCCUACACCUUUGCCCGGGCCUUCCUGAUGCAGAAGAGGCCCGGCAACGAGUACUUGCUGACCUCCCACAUCCACCUCCACGUGCCUGAGGGCGCCACCCCGAAGGACGGCCCCAGCGCCGGCUGCACCAUUGUGACGGCCUUGCUGUCCUUGGCGAUGGAUGAGCCCGUGAGGCAAAACGUGGCCAUGACCGGCGAGGUGUCGCUGACGGGGAAGAUCCUGCCCGUAGGAGGAAUCAAGGAGAAGACCAUCGCGGCCAAGAGAGCCGGCGUUUCCUGUAUCAUCCUCCCAUCAGAGAACAAGAAGGAUUACGGCGACCUUGCCGACUUCAUCACGGAAGGACUCGAAGUACACUUUGUGGAGCACUAUAACGAAAUAUUUGACAUUGCUUUCCCAAAGCCCGAUUCCCCGGGACGGUGAACGGCAGCCACGGCUGCGUCUUGGUGCCUCUUUCACGCAAUGCCGGUCUGGGCCCUCCUGCCCGUGCUCCCAGUUCAGGAGCAAGACGCGUGGGUUCGAGCAGAGUGGAUGGCCCUUGUUUCCUGCUGACUCGGUCGCUGAAGCCUGCUCCACACCGAACAAUCUGAAUUAUGAACUAAUUAAAAGUAUUUCCAGUGGAACGGAA